UGAGCCGUGUCUGUCUGUGCUCUUUCUUAUCUCCUUUUUCUCUCUCGAGUUUUUCAUUCGCUUCAUAAAAGAGGUUUUGGAAGAAGGGAGGAGGAGGAGGAGAAGAAGAAGAAGGGAGGCCAAUCAUGGGUUCUUCCUCGCUAUCUUCUUCCUUUCAGAUUUCAUCCUCCACUAACUUCUCCAUUUCUCCAAAACCCUCCAUCCCUCAUCACAGAUUUCUUAUCAGAAUGCCCACAAGACCCAUUGGUUGUUCUUGGUCUUCUUCGUCUUCUUCUUCUUCGCCUUCUCAUGGAAUUCUUCGGAAGUCUCUUCCUUUAGCUGCUUCAAUUGCUAUCCUCCUCUGGUCGACCCCUGCAUAUGCAGGGCUAAUGUCAGGAUUCUCAGGAAUAGAAUCUGUUCCUGGCCCUCAGCUUCCUCAAAUCGACUUUCUGAAUCGUCUAAACGAAGAAAACCAGAAGAAAUAUGCUGAGUUCGAUGAAAGAUUCAAGUCUUCUCCCUUGCUGAAAAAGCUGCUAGAGCAAUCCAAGUUGAACAAAGAAAAGAACCGACGAGAGAUUCAAGACAAGUACUGUAUACGCGGCGCGGAAUGGGGAGUAGGGGAUUGUUCAGCAGAAGGAAUGUCUCCAGAUGAGAGGGACAAAUUCAUAGCCAUGUUGAAGCAGAAGGCUGCAGAAAAGUAAAAGUGAUGGAAAUUUUCUCACACACAACUUUGCCUUGUACUAUUAUAAUUCACCCUUGGUAAAGAAACUGCAAGCCCAAAUUUGUCUUUCAUACUUCUGUUAGAUGUUCAAACUCUCCCUAUAUGUAAUUGAGAAAGAAGGACCUCAUGGAUCUGGUUUUCUUCUUUCUGAUAUAGAUCUUUUUCGGGAGGUUCACUGGUUUGUGCUGUCCUUUUGGUUGUAUCUCUCACUUUGGUUAUGUUCUAGACAAGAAAUUAGUCAUUUAUCUAUAUUCAUAGUUCAUUGGUGCAUUGUUAAA